AGUGCUCAAGCGAUCCUGUAUCGUGGCGAGCUCUUACGCAGGUUAGCAGCAAUGGCUUCGGCGACCAGGCCGAAGAAGGAUGACUUGUCAGAGGAGAGCACGACCCCACCCACACCGCCAAGCCCGGAGACGAUGCUCAUUGCCAGGCCGUUGAAGCCGCGCCGGCUCUCCUUCUCGGGUAGCACCGCAAGCGGAAUCAGCUGCCCCUCGGAUGACUGGGCAACUCCAAAUGCUGCAGGAUUCGACGACUCCCUUGAGGUGGAGAUGAAAAUGCAUGGACCGCCCGGCAUCGUGGACAUCGCCAUAGGUGGUACCCCCAAAGGGGCCCCGCCCAGUGGGCCGGCGCCCCUCAUGCCGGGCCAAGCUGCCGGACCUCCGCCGCCCUACUCGCCCAACCUCGUGGAGAAGAUGCCACAGACCCCCCCGCACCAGUGGCCGCACAGCGCAGGUUACGCACAUAGAGCACCUCUGCUGUCCAGCGGUCCUCCCACACCCAGCGGGGCCAUGCCAGCCGUGGCUGAUGCUUCACAGAGGCUGGUGUGGCCUGCCGACGACCGCGAGGACACGCUCGUGGCACAGGCACUGACAUUUUUGGCAAUGCUCCUGAGCGGGCCCAACGUUCCGAACCUGCCGCCAUGCGGCUGCUACGGUGGCAUGCUCAUCUCCUCCGCCAUCUCCGAAGGCCUCGGCGCACAAGCAGCAGAGGCCGCCAAAGCAGCGGCCGACGGCCACGGGGACAAGCCAGUGAAGGUGCUGCUUCCCUGGUAUCCGGAUCACCCUGGCCUUGUUGCUUUCGAUCACACCAAGCCGGCCAAGCUGGCGGAACCUCAGGAGACACAGGUGGAAGAACCAGAAGUUGCGAAGCAGCUGGCACAGAUGCUCCAUCAGCCGCACCUCGUGCAGCCGCCAUUGGUGCUGCCUCCGCCCGGCUGUGCCCCUCCCGUGAUGCAACCAAUGCCAGCUGUGGUUCCUCGUUAGGCGGAGGCGGUUCGCAACCCGCGACUCGCCGCAACCCGCGACUCGCAGUCGACUUCCGGAAGCGUGCAUUAGACGCACCUUCUCACCAGCUGUGCACGCGAGCCUCCCAUACAACGAACUUGUUGUUCUUGUUUGUUUGUGC